UGUUGUUAUGAAGUGUAUGGGGUAGAUGUGUGAGCCCCUGGGACAUGCCGGCUGCCUUCUGUAACCUCAUGGAGGAAUAAGGUGGCGGAUAGGAGCCGUGCAUACAUCACCUCUCCUCCACUGCUCAGGAGACAACACUGAUACUACCCUUUCAAGAUGGCUCCGACUUUAGAUUGGGGAAAGCUGAUGAAGGUGGAUCCGGAUGUUCUUUCCAAUCAAGAAAGAUUAGCCGAAAAGAUGUUGAAGACACUGUCACAGGUGAACAGCAGUGACCUAAAAGGAGAACCCAAUGAAAAUUUGACGCAGCUUUUCCGAAUCACGCAGGCUUUAAUGAAGAUAAAAUCUCAGGAAGUUGAGUUUGUAUUAGAAGAAGCUGGAAAAACAGCAGAAGAACAAGUCAAGACUGAAAACCAAUUAAGAAAUAAAAUUAAACAACUGGAAAAUGAAAUCGAGAUGGCACAGCUGUCCACGGGUGCUAGAGACUCACGAUUUUUACGAGAAGAAAUUCGUCAACUGGAGGAACAUCUGGGCCAGAGAGAGCGUGAAGUGAAAGACACAAGGAAGGAGCUGGAAAAGGAGAAGCAAGUUAAUGAACGUCUUGCACUCCGGAAUGAAGAAACUGAUAAUGAAAACAGCAGGCUGCGGCGAGAGAAUGAACAACUGCGACAAGAUGUGAUAGACUAUCAAAGGCAGAUUGACUCUCAAAGAGAAUCCCUUAUGUCACGUGGAGAAGGGCUGGACUACAAGUCUGUCAUUUCAAAAAAGAACAUGGAGCUUGUACAAUACUUGGAUGAAAUUCAGAGCUUAAGUGAAGCUAAUGAGAGAUUGGAAGUCCAGAACCAGGAAAUGACAAAGAAUCUGGAAGAAUCUGUUCAAGAAAUGGAGAAAAUGACUGAUGAGUACAGCAAAAUGAAGCUUAUGGUUCAGCACAGUGACAGCGUUAUGGACCAACUAAGGAAGGAGAAAGAGCACUAUAGACUUCAGAUUAUGGAACUGACAGAGCAGUUAAAAGCAAAGAAUGAAGAAGAUGAUCCAGUUAUGGUAGCCGUAAAUAUGAAAGUAGAGGAAUGGAAGGCGAUUUUGGCAUCCAAAGAUGAUGAAAUAAUCGAAUAUCAACAAAUGGUACACAACCUGAGAGAGAAACUGAAAAUAGCUGAGAUGGAUGCAGAUAAGAGCAGUGUGUUGGCUCUGCAGCAGGGCUUGCAAGAGAGGGAUAAUCAUAUCAAGAUGUUGACCGAGCAAUUGGAACAGCACACUAAAGACAUGGAAUCACAUUCACUUCACAUUGAAAAUCUAAAGAGGCAAUUACAGACAGAAAAGGGUGACUUAAGUCACAUACAGCAUAAUCGGGUUGAGAGGCUUGAGGCAGUGGUGCAGCUCACAGAGCAAAGACUUAGGGAAGCAGAACGCAUUGCCGAAUUGGCUGAGAAUGAUGCACGGCAAAAAGAUAAAGACCUGUCUGAGGCCAUUAGAAGAAUGAAAGAAUAUGAGACGGGUGUUUAUGGCCUGGAGGAAGCGGUUGCUGAAAUUAAAGAACUGAAGACCCAGCUAAACAUAAGGGAUCGUGAAAUUGAAACACUUACUACUGAUAUUAACAAGCUUGAGCUGAAAAUAAAUGAUAUUCUUGAUGAAAAUGAAGAUUUUCGGGAACGUCUUGGACUUAAUCCGAAAACUGUGAUUGAUCUGACUGAAUUUAGAAAUGUCAAGGGUCUAAGACAGCAGCAGUACAGAGCCGAAAACCAGGUUCUUUUAAAGGAGAUUGAGCGACUAGAAGAGGAACGAGUUGAACUUAAAAAACAAGUUCGCAAGCUUGCUCAAGAAAAGGGGAAAAAAUGGUCAACUCUUGGGUUAACGGCUGAUGACCUAUUCUUGAAUCAGAACUCUGUCACAGACAAACAGAAAACUUCCAGCUUAAUGUUGAUGGACAGUAUGGAAGAAAUUAAGGCAAAGAAUGAACAUUUGUCAAGACAGUUAAACAACAAAGAAAGGGAGCUGGAGCAAAGCAAAACGGUUGUGGCAGAGUUAAAGUCAAAAUUGAAGGAACUUUCUGAAGAAAAUAGGCAGUUUCAGCAAGGAAUGGGAGAAAUCUUACAAGCCAUUAAAGACUCUCAAAAAGACUCCAGCCUCAGAGGGAGUGAAGGAACCUUAGUCAUUCCCAGUCUGGAGAGACUGGUUCAUGCUUUCGAGACAAAGAAUACCAGCGGCAUAUUUGAUGUCGGUGUACAUCUGAAAGCUCAAGUUGAUCAACUCACUGGUAGAAAUGAAGAGUUAAGGCAGGAGCUGAAAGGAUCAAGAAGAGAAGCUGCAAAUGUUUCAAACCUAUUGGCUAAAGCUAAUGAGAAGAUUUCACACCUUGAAAAUGAAAUCUUGCUCCUUCGUCAGUCAGAAGGGGCAAACAUUGUGUUCAAAGCUAUAAACCUUCCUGAAGGAAUGUCUCUGUCCAGUACCAAUCUCAUCAAUUCUAUGAACGAAUAUCUUUUGCAUCUUCUGCAGGAUGUAGAGUCUAAAGAAAUGUCAGUUGCGAAAUUGGAGGAAGCUCUAGAAGAAUAUAAAAGAAAAUUUGCAGUGAUGCGCCACCAGCAGGGGUUAGUCUACAAGGAAUAUCAAAGUGAAAGAGAAUCUUGGCAGGUUGACAUAAAAAGACUGAAGGAAGAAAUUUCGAAAUUGGAAAGUGAAAAAGAACAGGAUACAGUCCAAAUAAAGGAAUACAUGAAUUUGGUAGAAGCACUAAGGAUGGAGCCAGAUGAAAUUAAGAAACUUAUGGCAGAAAACUCCAGAAAAACGACUGUUUUGCGUGUAAAUGAGAAGUCACUGACCAGAAGGUACACCACUUUAUUGGAAAUGGAACAACACUUGCGCAAAGAAAAUGACAAACUGAAGACUGAAAAUUCUGAUAUGGAAGCUGCAGUGGGAGAAAGAAUUGGCUAUCUACAGCGAUAUAAGGAUAUUGCUGCUUUUAAAAUAGCAUCUUUACAAAAAGCUUUGGAUGACAGUGUUCCUUUAUCAGAGCUAAAGACUGCCAACAAACAGUAUAAUGAACUUACUGCCAAGUACAGGGACAUGCUACAGAAGGAUAAUUUACUUGUACAGAGGACUGCUAACCUGGAGCACUUGGAGCAUGAAAAUGCUUCACUGAAAUCCCAGAUUGCUUCUUAUAUCAAAGAAUUGGAAAUUACUAAAGAGAAACUUAACACUCUUGAGCAAGCCUGGGAACAUGUUGGUGUACUAGGAGGUAAUUCUGUAAUGGACAAAGCCACAAAAGCCAUAACAAAUAAUGAAAUAGUUUCCAUUUCAAAAAAGAUAACAAUGCUGGAAAUGAAGGAACUAAAUGAAAGGCAAAGAGCUGAACAUUCCCAUAAAAUGUAUGAACAUUUACGAAACACAUUGAAACAAGUGGAAGAGCGGAACUUUGAACUUGAGUCCAAGUUUGCUGAGCUUGCCAGAAUUAAUCUUGAAGCACAGAAGGUAGAACAAACAUUAAGAGAUGAACUUGCAAACAGUGUAAGUAAAGAAGUGUCUGAUGCAGAUCGGAAAAGAAUUAUGGAACUAGAAAAAAGCGAAGCAGAACUCAAAGUAGAGGUAUCAAAAUUACGCAGUCUUACGGAUAUAGCCAAAGCUCAAGUUUCAACAUUAGUGUGUAGACAGCAGUCUAGAGAAAAGGAAGUUGAGUCCCUACGGAAACAAGUUUUGGAUUUUCAGGAUCAAACUGAUGAAAAAGCAUUGAUCACAACAUUACACCAGCAGAUUGUAGCUCUCCAAAUCAGUGAAUCAAUAGCUGUAGCAAAGUUAGAAGCCACCAUAUCCAAACUGAAGAAAAUGGAGGCCUACAGCUUACGUUUAGAACAGAAGCUUGAUGACAAAGAGCAGGCGCUAUAUUAUGCCCGUCUAGAAGGAAGGAAUCGUGCUAAGCACCUUUAUCAAACCAUUCAGACCUUGAGACGACAGUUCAGUGGGGCUCUUCCAUUAGCCCAGCAGGAGAAGUUUUCAAAGACACUAGUGGAUCUUCAGACUGACAAGUUAAAGACAGUUCACGAAAUGAAACUAAUUCAACAACAGCGUAGAGAUACAGAGACCCAUGCCCUUGAGCUAGAGCUGAAGUUGAAGGGUUUAGAGGAACUCAUGAGCACUCUUAAAGAUGCCAGGGGCGCACAGAAGGUAACAGAAUGGCAUCAGAAAAUAGAAGAAAUGCGUCUCCAGGACAUGAAAUUGACCCGUGAGUUAAACCAGAAGAAGGAAGAGAUAAAGUAUUUGAGUAACAUCAUUUCUGAACAGGAACGCACAAUCAAUAAUUUGGAAGAAGAGCUUGUACAACAACGCAAUUUUCAUGAGGAGCGUCAGAUGUCCUGGGAUCAGAGAGAAGUGCAACUAGAACGCCAGCUAGAUAUGUAUGAGCAGCAGCAACAUGAAGUACUUAGCACUGCACAGAAGUUUGAAGAGGCCACAGGGGAAGUGCCAGACUCCAGUCUACCGCUACCUCAGCAACUUGACAUUGCGCUACGCAAAAUAAAAGACCAUGUGCGGACCAUCCUGGAAACUAAGGCUAUUUGUAGGACACUGGAAGAGAAACUUAAAGAGAAGGAAGCUCUGCUAUGGACAGCUGAUCAGAAUGUUUUAAGCAGAGAUAAAGUAAUCAAUGAGUUGAGACUUCGGUUACCUGCGGUUGUUGACAGAGAAAAGCUAAUGUCAGAGUUCAACCAAAAAGAAGAAGAUUCCGAGUUGCGACAAGCUUUAAAGGUUGCCCAUCAGACCAUUGAAAAUAUGCAAGCUAGGCUUAACCAAAAGGAAGAGGUUGUGAAAAAAUACCAGCAUCUCCUGGCUAAAGCAAGAGAGGAGCAGCAAGAGAGUGCAAAAAAGCAUGCAGAGGAUCUCAAAAAGUUACACCAGAAGUUGGACCUGCAGUCAGAUGCCUCAAUUACCAAAUUUAAAGAAGCUGCUCUGGAGUUGAUGAAAAAACCCACUUUGCAAGUCUCAUCAAGUGCACAUUUAAUGCGUUUGGCAGAGAUGGAACAGACAGUAGCUGAACAAGACUCCUCAUUGUCAACCCUUUCCAGCAAACUAAAAAAUGUCACAGCAGAACUGGAGAGGCAGAAGCAAAGCUAUGGCGCUAAAAUGAAUGAGCUAGAGAACAGUAAAUCCAGGCUUGAAGAGAAUUAUAUUUCGGAGGUGAAAAAACAUAAGAGUGAAGCUGAAGAGCUGAGAGUUCGCCUCUCCGAGAUGGAGAAGGAAUUGAAUUACCUUAAUACUGAGCUUGAGGUGCAGAAAGAAGCAAACACCAGAGCCCCUACUGCAACUAUGAAGAAUCUAGUUGAACGUCUGAAGAGCCAAGUAACCCACAAGGAAAAGCAGCAAAGGGCUUUAAGUAAAGCUCUGCUAGCUCUAAGGGCAGAAAUGACCGCUCAUGCAGAACGGCAGAUUAUUUCCACAGCAGCACAAAAGGAGGAAAAUUUAAAUGUUCAGCAGAUUGUCGACAGACAGACUAAAGAUUUAAAGGCACGAAUUGAAGACUUAAACGAGCAGCUACUAAAGCUUAAAGAGACCUUGAAAAGUAGCAAGACCAGGGAGAAUAACCUCACCCAGGACCUUGACAACCUCAACCAGGAGAUGAGAGCAAAGCAGAAAAUCAUUAAUAAACUGCACAAGGAAAAAGAUGAAGUCGAUAAGGAAAAUGAGGAGAUGAAAAAAAGGCUAAAACGACUCAUGAGCAGCGCACAGAGUAAGUCAGAUCUGGAAAGUAAACAGAGCCUGAUAGAUGAACUUCAGAAGAAGGUUAAAAGACUAGAAGUGGAGCUGGAGAAAAAAACGGAGGAAGCGGAGCGAAAACCUGCACACGGAGAUAAGAGCUCCAAAGAAGAGAUUGUAAGGUGGGAAGAAGGCAAGAAGUGGCAGAGUAAAUUAGAGGGCAUGCGUGGCAAGCUAAGAGAUAAAGAGAAAGAAGUGGAGACUCUGACAAAACAGUUGACAACACUCAAAGACGUAUAUUCCAAAGCUGACCAGGAGAAAAUAGUGUUACAAAAGAAACUAAAAUCUCGUGGUGUAACUGUGGAUCAAGUAGUGGGAGUAAGAGCUGUGGAGUCUGAAAGAGAAAUUGAAGAACUCCGGAAAAAGAAUAUUGAUUUAGAAAAUGAAAUUUCUUACAUGAAAACAAAGCAGGCUUUACCACGUGAUUCAGUGGUGGAUGAACUGCAUUUAAAAAAUCAAUAUCUGCAAGAAAAGAUCCAAGUAUUGGAACGCCAGCUUUCGAGGGACAGCCUUUCAAGGCCCUCUACAUCAGGUGUAGGAUCAGAGGCCCCAUCAAGCAGAGAAAUGGAACUACAGAAGGAGAAUUUGAGACUAUCUGCUGAAAAUGUUGAGCUGCACUUUCAACUGGAGCAGGCUAAUAAAGACUUGCCACGUUUAAAGGAUCAAAUAGAAAAUUUUAAGGAAAUGUGUGAUCUUCUUAAAAAAGAUAAACUGGAAGCAGAACGUAAACUUGGAAAUGUCAGAGGGGCUGGAAGAAGUGGAAAGACCAUUCCAGAACUGGAAAAGACCAUAGGAUUAAUGAAAAGAGUGGUUGAAAGAGUUCAGAGAGAAAAUGAGGAACUGAAGAAGGCCCCUGGAGUAUUGGCAAACGAAAAGUUUUCCAAACUGGAAUUGGAAAAUGAAAAACUUAAGUCAGAACUUGAAAAGCUACAGCUGCAUGUGGGUGGACAGCUAAGUAUGAGAUAUGAAGCAAAGACAAAAGGCAUGGAGAAAGUAAUUGCUGAAAAUGAGAGACUUCGGAAAGAACUCAAAUCGGAAACUGAAACUACAGAGAAAUUAAGAAUUGCAAAAAGAAAUUUGGAGGUGGUCAAUGAAAAACUCUCAGGGAACCUAGAAGAAGCCAGAAGUAAACUGAGUAUUGCUGAAAGCAGAGGGCCGCAGCUGGAAGGAGCAGAUACCAAAGCCUGGAAGUCUGUAGUUGUGAGCAAGAUGUAUGAAACGAAGAUGAAGGAGAUGGAAGCAGAGCUUAUAAAGAGAAACGACAGCAUUGUUGAUCUGAAAAGGCUAUUGAAAGAAGCAACCGAGCGUGAACGAAAAACCGAACAAACAAUUCAGCACCUAGAAGAUGAAAUUGACCUUCUAAAGCAUUUCCCUGAAGAUGCCAAGACAGACAAAGGCCUUGCAAGAGAAUUUCAGAUACUCAGGUUGACCACUAAACGCUUAGAAAAUGAAAAGGCAGAGCUGGUUCACCAGCUAGAAAUGUAUCAACAAAACUCUGCUACAUUUGGGUCUGAUGAGGUUCUUGAAAAAGACAGAAAAUACAACAAGUUGAUGGAAGAAGUUGUGGACCUUCAAACAAAUAUUAAAACUUCUGAUAUGGAGAAAGUACAUUUGAAGGAGGAAAUCAAAAGGUUGAAAAAGGAACUUGAAAAUUUUGAUCCUACAUUUUUUGAAGAGAUUGAGGAUCUCAAGUACAACUACAAUGAGGAAGUUAAAAAGAAUAUACUCCUUGAAGAAAAGCUUAAAGCCCUAUCUCAGCAAUUUGGAGUCCAGAUUGAUAUCCCUACACAUUGAAUUAAAGGGGUACUCCGGUGUUAAGACAUCUUAUCCCCUAUCCAAACCAUAGGAGAUAAGAUGCCUGAUUGCGGGGGUCCUGCCGUGGUCACGCCCCCUCUCAAAGGCUUGCAUUUGGGGGGGAAGAGGAGCCUUGACAUUACAAUACUCCGGCCCCCGUGAUCGGCAGUCAUCAGACCCAGAGCGAACAUGCUCCGGGGGCUGAUGGUAACGGGGUGCUGUGUGAAAGAUCAUGGGGGUCCCCAGCGGUGGGAUCCCCGCGAUCAGGCAUUUUAUCCCCUAUCAUUUGGAUAGGGGAGAAGUCUUAGCGCCGGAGUACCCCUUUAAGCCUAUCCAUAGCAACACACCUAAAGGGGACAUGAGUUUUUAAGGACUAUUUUUGUCUGUACCGUACAGUUUGGUAUGUCACAAGCACCCUCAUCCAGACUGAUGUCAAUAAGGUUGUCUUGCUACAGCAUGUAAGCUUGGCAUUUGUGAAGAACCAUCAUCUAGCAGAACAUUUCCUGUAUUUUUCAGAGUAUUUUUGUAAUAUUUUUUAUAAUAGUAUAAAAUGAUACAUUUAUUUAGUGUGAAAUGAAAAAUCUGGCUUUAGUGUCCAUAUAUACUUCUGAACUAUAAGGUCCAUAUCUUUUCAACCAAUGUCAGCGCUUAUUGUAUAGUAAAUUAUAUUUGUGUGCCAUGACUACCCUAUUACUGUGUAAUAUAGAGUAGAAAGAAGAAUUGAGCUUCAUUUUAUUAUUAAAGAUUCACAUUUUCCUUGCCAAAUUAAGGAAUUAGAUUUUUUUUAUAUUUUAAUGAAAUGUUUUAGUUUAUUACUUCUAUUAAUAUGGAAUGCACACAUUUCUUUUUCAAAUACAGUUGUAAAAAUUGUGAAUUCUUACUUGGAUUUUUGAAUAAAUUAACUUAUCACAUUUUAA